AUGCGAAAAAACAUGUUAUCGUUCGGCGUUUUCCCGGCGGUUUUCCUGCCGCUUUUCCUGUCGCUUUCCAUCGCCAAAUCCGCCGAAGAUGUAACGUUUCGAGAUGUCACCUUCGAAACGUACAAAUUGUACGAAGGACCGAUCAACAGGACGAUCCGCAGCGGCGACAAAAUCGCCGAUUUUUUGUCGAAGGAUGAUUUUCAUUUCGUUAAAAUAAAAGGACAAAACGUGCCGGUUUUGCGGCGAAAUUCGCUCGCCGAUUUGCGUAUCGUUAGCGAAAUUGUUGUAGAGGAAUCCAACGUUGAGGAAAUUCAAGCGGGCUUCUUGGGAAAUUCCACUGAUGUGAAGUUAUUGUCGUUAAAAGGCAACCGAAUAACAUCGAUAGAAUACGGGGUGUUCAACAAUUUAGAACUGAUAUCGAUCGAUUUGACAUCGAACAAAAUCGCUUCGAUCGACUCUCGAGCAUUCGACGACAUGCCGAGCUUGAUAACACUCCGUUUGGACGAUAAUUUAAUCGCCGAUUGGAAUCCGAAUUGGUUCAAAAAUACGCCAUUAUUAGCCGUAAUUUCGAUGCAACGAAACCGAUUAGAAGAAAUCCCUGCCGAUGCUUUCGGGAACCUAAAAGGCGACAAACGACAGGAAGACAUCGACUUCAACGUCAGCCUGGCAUUCAGCUACAAUCGAAUAAAAACGAUCCAUCCCGAAGCUUUCUCCGGUUUGGAGAAAAUCCACUCUUUAUGGUUCGAUCACAAUCGAUUGGACGAUUUCGACGGGAAUCUACUAACCGGAAUACGCGUGGGGAAUCUCCGAUUAAACCACAACGAAAUAAAAUGCUUCAAAAGCGAUUUGGAUAAAGUUUUAACAGCUGAAAAUAAUUACAUCGAUUCCAAUCCGUUCGAUUGCGAAUGCUUGGAGAGGAUCAAAGCCUACUCGAAAACGUCCGGGAAAAAAGUGCAUAUCGUUAUGGCCGAAAUGGACUGCGUAUCUCGAAGGAUCCAGGCCAAAAUGGCGGCGUUGGAAAACCGCCUUAAGGAAUUGAAAUUGCUCAAUCGAUCGCCGGAAAUCGCUGGGAAAAAGGAAGUCGAAGACGUGGAGGUGUUCGACACCAAGAAAAUCUCCAUAAAAUAA